AUGCCGACGAGACGGUCGUACUUAUUGGUGCGGGGAUUUAUGAAUCUUGUCACGCCAGAGUUCCUCGCUACCCGUGGGUUUCAAGUGCGGAUUAUAGACGCCAACCCGGAUCCUCGGACCUGCAAGGACUGGUCUCGUUUGGGGGUUACCCACGGGGGCUUCAAUGCCCGCAUGUUCACGUACACCGAAGCGGAUAGCUACAACGAGAGAAGUAGCUCCAUCUAUCGUCAUAUGCGCCAUGUCUUCUGCAAGGUCAGUCUCAACGGCGGCUGGAGUCUGAAACCCCCGUCGAGUUUCACGGCGGCCGAGAUCGCCUGGGUCAAUUCCUUUGAGCAGACUCCGACUUGGUUGGCACAAUCGAUGAAAGAAGACAUCUACUUUGUCAACCGGGAAGCUGCAAAGCUCUGGAAUGAGUACAUGAACCGCGCCCCGGAGCUCUUCAAUGUUGUCUCGCUCCACGCCGACAUUCUGCGCUUAUAUGCCGAAGACGUCGCUCUGGAUGCGGCUACUGAGGUGAACCAAGGCCUAUGGUCGCUCAUGGAUGAGAUCUCCCAAUCCGAGCUCGUGAGGGAAUACCCCGGGUUUGCUGCGGCUGCCAGGCCCAAGGAACUUGCCGCUGCGCUUGCCGCGCAAGGUUUUACCCUCAUGGUUACGGUAAAUUUGUGA